GAGGCGAGUGCUCUAACACUGCUGGCAGCUACUUCUGCAAAUGUCCCCAGGGAUAUUAUACACCUGUGGACGGUUCCAGGUGCAUAGAUGCACGGAGUGGAUACUGCUAUAACAGCCUGUUAAAUGGACAAUGUGCUAACCAGAAUUCCGAGCUGCUGAGCAAGAUGCAGUGCUGCUGUGGCAAUGGACGCUGCUGGUCGGACGGCUCUGCCCCAGAGAUGUGCCCUAUCCAGGGAGCAGAUGAGCAGACCAGACUGUGCACUCCGUUACCUGGUAUUGGUAAUGGUGGAUUGAAUCCUGGUCAAAUUCCUGGGAUUUAUCCAGGCCCGGGCCUGUACCCAGGCCCAAACCAAGGCCCAAACCCGGGUCAAUAUCCUGGACCAUUCCCAGGCCAAUAUCCAGGACCAAACCAAGGCCUUUUUCCCGGACAACUCCCCCUGCAACCUCAACCUGUACCAGGUCUCAUCUUAUCCCAGAACAUAACCAACAUCUGCCAGACCUUCCCAAACCUGUGUCUGCGUGGGAGGUGUAUCCCCACGGUGGGGAUCGGAUACCGCUGCGAGUGCAACAUGGGCUUCAAACUGGACGGCAGAGGAGUGUGCCUGGACGACAAUGAAUGUGACAGAAACCCGUGUGCGCACGGAGAAUGUGUCAACACACCCGGGUCCUACAUCUGUCAGUGUCCCCCUGGCUUCCAGACCACUGCCACCAAGACAGAGUGUAGAGAUAUUGACGAGUGUGUGGCCAACGGGCGUAUCUGCAACAAUGGACGCUGUCUAAACACGGAGGGCAGCUUCCACUGUGUCUGCAAUGCCGGAUUUGUGAUCACCUCAGAUGGAAAAAACUGUGAAGACCAGGAUGAGUGCCUGAUCAGAAACAUGUGUCUGAAUGGGCUGUGUAUCAACGAGGACGGCAGCUUCAAAUGCAUCUGUAAACCUGGCUUCCUGCUGAUGGCAAGCGGACGCAUGUGUGUAGACAUUGAUGAGUGUGAGACUCCUGGUAUGUGCAUGAAUGGCCGCUGUGUGAACACAGAGGGCUCUUUCCGCUGUGACUGUAUGCCUGGCCUGGCCGUGGGACUCGACGGCCGGGUCUGUGUUGACACACACAUGCGCAGUUCAUGUUACGGUGGGUACAAGCGAGGACAGUGUGUGAAGCCUUUAUUCGGAGCAGUAACCAAGUCUGAGUGUUGCUGUGCCAGUACGGAGUAUGCCUUCGGAGAGCCCUGCCAGCCAUGCCCGGCCAAAAACUCUGCGGAAUUCCAGGGCCUGUGCCCAAAUGACCUUGGCACAACCAGUGAUGGCAGAGAUAUUAACGAGUGUGCCCUGGACCCUGACAUCUGUCAUAACGGUGUGUGUGAGAACAUGCUGAGAACAUACAAGUGUAACUGCAACGCAGGCUUUGAGGUGGACAUCACUGGGAAGAGCUGUGUAGACAUUGACGAGUGUCUGGUAAACAGACUGCUGUGUGACAACGGCCUGUGUAGGAACACACCAGGGAGCUUCAGCUGCCACUGCCCGCCAGGAUACCGCUUCGAUACCCAGACGGAUGUCUGCGAUGACGUCAACGAGUGUUUGUCCAGCCCAUGUGUGAACGGGGAUUGUCUGAACAGCCCGGGGUCCUUUGUGUGUCUGUGUACGUCAGGCAGCACACUGGACACCACUGGGUUACAGUGUAUAGAGACCACUAAAGGCACAUGCUGGCUGAAGAUGAUCAACGAGAGGUGUGAGGUCAACAUCAACGGGGCUACGCUCAAGUCCCACUGCUGCUCCACCCUGGGGGAGGCCUGGGGAAGCCCCUGUGGGCGCUGUGAAGCAGAUCCGUUCUGCAGUAAGGGCUACGCCAGAGUCAAAGGAAAUCUCUGUGAAGACGUGAAUGAGUGUGAGGUGUUUCCUGGGGUGUGCGUCAAUGGGAAAUGCGUCAACAAUCAGGGCUCCUUCAUCUGCCAGUGCCCCGCUGGCAUGACCGUGGACGCCAGUGGCAGGACAUGUAUUGACCUGCGCACAGAGCACUGCUACCUGACCCACGAGGACGAGCGCUGUGCGGCCCCUAUUGGGGGCAAGCAUCGCGUCGACGCGUGCUGCUGCUCUGUGGGCGUAGCCUGGGGCCCAGAAUGUGACGAGUGUCCAGAGAAAGGUACCCAGGACUACAACCAGCUGUGUCCCCGGGGCCCAGGCUUCUCCCACAGGGGGGACUUCAUCAACGGCAGGCCCUUCCUCAAAGAUAUAAACGAGUGCAGGAUGAUCAACAGCCUGUGCAGCAACGGACGGUGCCGGAACACCAUCGGCAGCUUCCGCUGUCGUUGUGACAGCGGCUACUCUCUGGACCACGACGAGAAGAAUUGCACUGACAUCGACGAGUGUCGCAUCUCGCCUGACCUGUGUGGCCAGGGCACGUGUGUGAACACACCGGGAGACUUUGAGUGCGAGUGCUUCCAGGGAUAUGAGAGUGGCUUCAUGAUGAUGAAGAACUGCAUGGACAUUGACGAGUGUGAGACCAACCCCCUGCUGUGUCGCGGGGGUCUGUGCGUGAACCUGGAGGGCAGCUUUGAGUGCGAGUGUCCGGACGGUCACCAGGUGUCCACUGACGGCACCGCCUGUCUAGACAUCAACGAGUGUGAGCUGAGCGACAGGCUGUGCAGACACGGCCAGUGUAUCAACAUGGUGGGCCGCUACCAGUGCUUCUGCGACACUGGAUACAAAUCCACUGAGAGCAGACUGGAAUGCGUCGACAUCGAUGAAUGCACCAUUGAGAACGGCGGCUGUGAGAUGUUCUGCACCAACUCAGAGGGAAGCUAUGAGUGCAGCUGUCAGAGUGGCUACGCCCUGAUGCCUGACCUGAGGAGCUGCAUAGACAUUGACGAAUGUGAGGAGAGCCCCGAGGUGUGCGAGGGGGGACAGUGCACCAACACCCCAGGGACCUACCAGUGCCUCUGCUUCGACGGCUUCAUGACCUCUGAAGACAUGAAGACCUGCCUUGAUGUGGACGAGUGUGAUCUCAACUCCAACAUCUGUCUGAGUGGGAACUGUGAGAACACCAAGGGAUCCUUCAUCUGUCACUGUGAACUGGGGUACUCUGUCCGGAAAGGAACCACGGGCUGCACAGACAUCAACGAGUGUGAGAUCGGAGCCCAUAACUGUGACAACCACGCCACGUGCACCAACUCGGCCGGGAGCUUCAAGUGCACCUGUGCCCCGGGCUGGGUCGGCGACGGACUCAAAUGCACAGACCUGGAUGAAUGCUCCAAUGGGACCCACAUGUGCAACAACCAAGCAGAGUGCAUGAAUACAUUGGGCUCCUACCGCUGCGUGUGCAAGGAAGGAUUCUCUGGAGAUGGGUUCCACUGUUCAGACAGUGACGAGUGUGCAGAUAACGGGAACCUGUGUGAGAGCGGCCACUGCCUCAACCUCCCCGGGGGCUACCGUUGUGAAUGUGACAUGGGAUUCAUACCCGCGCUCGACGGCAAGGCCUGCACGGAUAUCGAUGAAUGUACGUUUUCCGACAUCUGCGUCAACGGACGGUGCCGAAACAUUCCAGGGCUGUUCCGAUGUGAAUGCAACACGGGCUAUGAACUGGAUCGGAGUGGAGGCAACUGCACAGACGUGGAUGAGUGUGCCGACCCCAACUUCUGUAUGAAUGGAGUCUGCAUCAACACCCCUGGCAACUACGACUGUCAGUGCGCACCAGACUUCCAACUCAACCCCACCCGGAUGGGCUGUGUAGACACGCGCUCGGGGAGCUGCUUCAUAGAUAAGCGUUCCCGCGGCGAUGCUUCAGAGGACCUGGAAUGUUCCAACGAGAUUGGAGUCGGGGUGUCCAAGGCUUCCUGCUGCUGCUCCCUGGGUCGGGGCUGGGGGAACCCGUGUGAAUCCUGUCCCCCGGUCAACUCCACACAAUACAGGACUCUGUGUCCCGGGGGAGAGGGAUUCAGACCAAACCCCAUCACUGUCAUCCUUGAAGAUAUAAACGAAUGCCAGGAGCUACCAGGACUGUGCCAGGGAGGAAAUUGCAUCAACACCUUUGGCAGCUUCCAGUGUGAAUGUCCCAGAGGUUACUCGCUCAACGCUGAGACCAGAGUCUGUGAAGAUGUGAAUGAGUGUCAGAAUCCGGGCAUCUGCGGCCCAGGCCAGUGCUACAACACCAUCGGGAACUACACCUGCAUCUGCCCCGUGGACUACAUGCAGAUCAACGGAGGAAACAACUGCAUGGACAUGAGGAAGAGCUACUGCUACAGAAACUUCUACACGGACAACGCCACAUGUGAUGCGGAGCUGACCUUCAACAUGACAAAGAAGAUGUGCUGCUGCUCCUACAACAUCGGCCGCGCCUGGAACAAACCCUGCGAGCAGUGUCCUGUUCCCAGCACUAAUGAGUUCCUCAGUCUGUGCGGCAGUGUGAGGCCGGGAUACUACAUAGACAUCUACACCGGACAAGUCAUCGACAUUGACGAGUGCCGGCAGAUCCCGGGCGUCUGCGAGAACGGCCUCUGCAUCAACAUGGUCGGGAGUUUCAGGUGCGAGUGUCCCCUGGGCUUCGUCUACAACAACAAGAUGCUAGUCUGUGAAGACAUCGACGAAUGCCAGAACGGUCCAGUUUGCCAGCAGAACGCAGCCUGUCUGAAUAUGCCGGGGAGCUAUCGUUGCGAGUGCAAGCCUGGCUAUCGCUUCACCUCCUCGGGACAGUGUAUGGAUCGCAAUGAGUGUCUUGAGAACCCUGGUGUGUGCAGUCCUGGCCAGUGCAUCGAUACGCUCGGAAGCUACCGCUGCAUCUGUCCCAAUGGCUUUAAAACCACCACGGAUGGCUCCAUGUGUAUCGACGUGGACGAGUGUGAGAAGCAGGCUUGCGGCAACGGGACGUGUAAGAACACGGUGGGCUCAUACAACUGCCUCUGCUACCCGGGAUUCGAGAACUCACACAACCACGACUGCAUAGACGUCGACGAGUGCGGAGUGCAGAGAGGGCUGUGCAGGAACGGCCAGUGUCUCAACACCGUGGGGACCUUCUACUGCGUGUGUGGAGACGGAUACGAACUCUCUGCCGACGGACGGGUCUGCAAUGAUAUCAACGAGUGUGCGGUAAACCCUGGGACCUGCGGCGUGGGGGUCUGCGUCAACCUGGACGGAUCCUACAGGUGCAUCUGUCCAGCAGGCUACUACCUGCAUGAGGAGACCUGCGAAGAUAUCGACGAGUGCUCGCAGUCGCCGGACAUCUGCUUGUUUGGGACAUGCUCCAACACAGAGGGGAGCUUCACGUGCCUGUGUCCAGAGGGCUUCCAGGUCUCCCCAACGGGACGCAGAUGUCAGGACUUCCGUGAGAGCUACUGCUUCACUCAGUUCGAGAACGGACGCUGCAUGGCCCCAAGGUCCCUCAACACCACCAAAGAGCACUGCUGCUGCACAUCCACGAUUGGCCAGGGAUGGGGAGACCCCUGUGAGAUCUGCCCCAGCAAGGACGAGGAGGCCUACACCAAUCUAUGUCAGUUCUCUGGAUACACACGAGGGGUUGAUGACAAUCCUAUUGAUAUUGAUGAGUGCAUCUACGAGCAAUGCGAUAAUGGCCAGUGUAUCAACACAGACGGCUCGUUCCGCUGUGAAUGUCCCAUGGGAUACCGGCUGGGCACCACUGGAGUAACCUGUGAAGACACCGAUGAGUGUGACAUCGGCAACCCUUGUGGCAACGGAACGUGCACCAACGUGAUUGGAGGGUUUGAGUGUGCAUGUGACAACGGCUUUGAACCUGGCCCCAUGAUGACCUGCGAAGACAUCAACGAGUGUUCCCAGAAUCCCUUGCUGUGUGCCUUCCGCUGCGUCAACGUGGUGGGCUCUUAUGAGUGUAAAUGUCCCACGGGCUACGUGUUGCGAGACGACAAGAGGAUGUGCAAAGACCAGAACGAGUGUGAAGACGGCCUGGACGACUGCGCCAGCAACGGCAUGACUUGCAAGAACCUCAUCGGAACGUUCAUGUGCAUCUGUUCCCCGGGAUACAUGCGGAAACCCAACGGAGAGGGCUGCAUCGAUCUGAACGAGUGUGGCAAACCAGGCACCUGUAAGAAUGGCCGUUGUGAGAACACCAUUGGAAGCUUCCGUUGUAGAUGUGACCAAGGAUUCGAAGCCAACCCCACCCAGACGGAGUGCAUAGAUAACCGCCAGGGUUUCUGCUUCACCGAGGUCCUGACCACACUCUGUCAGAUGACGUCCAGCAACAGGAACAUGGUGACCAAGUCCGAGUGCUGCUGCGAUGGGGGCCGGGGCUGGGGAACAGGCUGUGAGCUCUGCCCCCUCCCCGGGACCACCCAGUACAAGAAGAUGUGUCCCCUGGGCCCAGGUUACACCACAGAUGGCAGAGACAUAGACGAGUGUCGCGUGAUGGGGAAUCUGUGCAGGAACGGCCAGUGCAUCAACAUGCUGGGCUCCUAUAGCUGCGUCUGCAAGGCAGGCUACACCACGGAUAUCACUAGCACGCUGUGUGUGGACGUGGAUGAGUGCAUCCAGGCACCCAAGCCUUGUAACUUCAUCUGCAAGAAUUCAGAAGGAGGCUAUCUCUGCUCCUGCCCACGCGGAUACAUCCUUCAGGAGGACGGGAAGAGCUGCAAAGAUCUGGAUGAGUGCUCAAGCAAACAGCACAACUGUCAGUUCCUGUGCGUCAACACAAUUGGAGGAUUCACCUGCAAAUGUCCUCCAGGAUUCACACAGCAUCACACAGCCUGUAUAGACAAUAACGAGUGUGCCUCGGACCCUAAUCUGUGCGGCAGCAAUGGUGUCUGCCAGAACAGUCCAGGAAGUUACAAUUGUGAUUGUCAACGUGGAUUUUCAUUGGACCCUGCCGGACAAACAUGUGAAGAUACGGAUGAGUGUGAUGAUAACCACAGGUGUCAACAUGGCUGUCAGAACCUGGUGGGUGGUUACAGGUGUAGCUGCCCUCAGGGAUACCUUCAACACUACCAGUGGAACCAGUGCGUUGAUGAGAAUGAAUGUCAAAACAGCCAGAUCUGUGGGGGGGCGUCAUGCCACAACACACUGGGGAGCUUCCGCUGUGCGUGCCCCACCGGCUUCAACUACCAGCAGAACAGCGGGGGCUGCUCCGAUGUCAACGAGUGCUCCUCCAGCCAAAACCCCUGCAACUACGGCUGCUCCAACACGGACGGCGGCUACCUCUGUGGCUGCCCUUCUGGAUACUUCCGGGCAGGCCAAGGGCACUGCGUGUCCGGUGCGGGCUUCGACGGCAGCACUGACACCGGCGUCAGUAUUGGACAAGCUGGAGUUGGAGAUGGAGGUGGAGCGAAAGACGACAACUCUCUCUCUCAUGAGGCCUGCUAUGAAUGUAAGAUCAACGGCUAUCCCAAGAAGGGACGCAGUCGACGCAGUACGAACUCUACCCAGGAGGGGGAGCACCUCAGUCACCAACAGCAGGAGGUGGUCAGCAUGGCCAGCCUGGACAUCGAGGACACCCUCCUGUUCAACCUGAACAUCAGUGACCUGAGCGGCGGUGUCCCUAUCCUUGAGUUCACGCCAGCGCUGUCCACCCUCAACGACCACAUCCGCUACACCAUCGACUACGGCAACCAGGAGGGCUACUUUAAGAUCCACCAGGCCCAGGGCGUGAGCUACCUCCACCUGGCCAAGAGGAAGAAGGCACUGCCUCCCGGGGCGUAUGAGCUCCAGAUUAGCAGCGCACCGCUGUACCGCAAGAAGGAGCUGGCCGAGCUGGAGGACAGACACGAUAAGGAUUACCUCACAGGACAGCUGGGCGACACGCUGAGGAUGAGGGUGCAGAUCGUCCUCCAUUAACCGCCACGGGACAGAGACAGGGGCAGAGGCUGCCACGCUGCGACUGUUGAUCCAGGCUCAGACGUUCUCCAAGGAAAACAAAAGAAAGGCCCGAAGCUUAAGCAUCUGUGGCUGCUGGAGGAACCACCGAGUCUGGGUCAGCGGUGGUGGGGGAGAGGGCAGCUCCUUCCUUGCUCCAACGUGGAGGAAGGCUUGACACCAAAGAGACAAGGAUUGAGGUUUUGUA